UGUUUGAAUUGACAGUUCGGGUAGAGUCUGGCAGAGAAUUCGGGUCAGUUUAACCGUUUUCUCUAAGCCAAAGCAUUUAUUAUUAAGUUUAACUAUGUAUAGUGCAAAGGAUAAAUUGGCCAUAAAAACGGUAGAGGUUGUCACCGAUGAACUGGAUAAUACUUUCAAAAGGAAGUUAAAUGGCAUUAACAAGCGCCUUGAAGCUCUCACCAGCCAAAAAGUGGUACCGAAUUUUUUCGACCAAAAAAAUCGCGUAUCAGUAGUUUUAUCUAAAUCUACAGAUUGCAGUUCACCACAGAUUGCAAUAACACCGAAGAAAUGCAAAUCCCGAGUGCAAACUAGCACACCACAUCGCACCAAAAAUAAUGAAUUAAUGAGUUUUUAUCGGAAUGAUACGUUAGACUUCUCGCCUAUUCCUAGCGCGAAUUUCCAAAAAUCCAAGACAAAAACCCAAAACGUGCUAAUAGAGAAAAUAAGAAAUGACGGGAAAGAGCCCACUGCAGUUAAUGCGACAAAAUUAAAGAAGGGUGUGAAUAAGACUUCUAAGCUUGCAAAAGAUGUGGAUGUAGUCCUAGUUAAUUCAUCUCAUUUGGAUUCAUCUAACAGCGGAAAUAGUUCACAAGUACCCCAUAGGAGCAAAACAUCUAAAGGAGGUUCGGAAGAUGUCGAAACUGACGACAAAAAUAGAUCCGCUCAAGAAGUGAACCAAUAUGCCAAAAGCCAAAGCAAACAGAAAAAUACGGUGACAAGCGGAAAUAAUCUAAUAGGUUUGAAGGUUGUUCUUGAAAAGAUCAAAAUUCCAUCAAACUCUAUUGCUAACGGACAACGCCCAAAAUUACGUGAAGACAUUGGCCAACCCAAAAGCAAAUUGGUAAGACCGGGACAUCUUUUGCGCGAUAAGAGCAAAACAUCGAAAGAAAGUACGGAAGAUAUCGAAAUUAAUAACGAAAAUAGAGCCCGUCAAGAAGUGAGACAAUAUGAUGAGAAACCAAGAAGUAAAAUUAGCCGAUCCAGAAGCAAAAGCCUACAGAAAGAUACGGAGGCAAGAAGAAAUAAUCAAAGUCAUUUGAAGGUUUUCGAAAACAUCCAGAGUUUAUCAAACUCUACUGCUAACGAACAAGACCCAAAACUACGUGAAGACACUGCCCAACCCAAAAGCAAAUUGAGAAGACCGGGAUAUCUUUUACGCGAUAAGAGCAAAACAUCAAAAGAAGACAAGGACAAUGUCGAAAUUAAUAACAAAAAUAGAGCCCCUCAAGAAGUGACACAAUAUGAUGAGAAAACAAGAAGUAAAAUUACCCGAUCCAGAAGCAAAAGCAUACAGAAAGAUACGGAGACAAGAAGAAAUAUUCAAAGCCAUUUGAAGGUUGAUGAAAACAUCCAAAGUUUAUCAGAUGUUAAUCCUCAGGAGCUAUCUGGAAAAUCCGUUUGCAAUGGAAGUGAGGAAGAGACACAAGGAUCGGAAUCACACAAUGCAAAUGACCAAUCUAGAAUAACCAGCACUAGUGUUGCUAAUAACGACGAACGUUUAACGGUAGUAGAAGAGGAGAAUGAAAGUACAAGAUUGGACGUUUUGUUGGAAGAAAUUCAACAAAGAAAUAUUAUGAAGCAGUCAAGCCGAGAAGGCUCCAAGUUCUAUGUUGUUGACAGAAAUACUCAAUCAUCGGUAAUUUCUAACAGACCAAGCAAUAAUGAACCCAGGGCACAAUCAUCAAAUAGAAGGAACGAAACAUCAACUGCGAACAUUCCAGAAACUCACACAAUAAAUGGCCAUUUAAUAGGUCAAAUUAACAGCCGGAAAGACGCUAGCAAUCAGUCCAUGAAAGCUACUGUUGAUCUUGCUCAUAAUGUUACUAUUCGGAAGAGAACAUCCAAUAAAUCAAAGCAGAUCAGUUUUUCAACUGAACCACCCGGCACAAUUGCGGCUAAUAAUCACGAAAGUUUAUCGAUAGCAGAAGAGGAGAAGGAACCUACAAGAUUGAACGUUUUGUUGGAAGAAAUUAAACAAAGAAAUAUUAUGAAGCAGUUAAGCCGAGAAGGCUCAAAGAUAAAUGUUGUUAACGGAAAUACUCAAUCAUCAGUAGUUUCUAACAGACGAAGCAACGUUGCGAAACAUUCGACACAACUGUUUAUGGAGUCACACUCGCCAGUAAAAGUUCAAAAAGAGCGUAAUAAGGACCAUAACAAUCCGUAUCUUCAAACAAGUACGAGUUCUUUGUCCCAUGUUUCUUUACGCAACGUUGAAUCGUGUGAGCCAUCGAAGAAAAACAAGAGGGUGACUAAAAGAUCUGUCAAGCUACAAACAAAUAACUCUGGUUUUCAAAAUCCUGAGGAAAUUCAAGAUGAGAAUGUAGUUGAAAUUGCGAGCGUGAAUUCCGGUGCGAACGAGUCGCUACGUAACUAUGCACCUGGGCAUACCUUCAUCUUCACUGCAGAAGAUAGAUUGAGAAAAGAGCAACGAUGGAAUGAAGUUAUCCGCAUUUGUACGGAAAUUGCAAUAAAUGCUGAUGAUGAAUUCGAAGUCAACUCAGGCUCGGAUAGCACUAAAGAGUAUAAUAAGCGACGUCGUUCCAAAAUUCAGAAAAAAAGUGAACAGAACUCAGUUUUAACCUUCAAAAAUUUGCCUGAAAAGCAAAUUAAAAUAAAGAAACAGGAAAGUAUAAGCGAACGCCAGAAGAAAACUCAAACACCCAAUCGAGUUAGUAGCUCAACAGCGGAUCAGCCCACCUGCAGCGGUUUCGAUGUCAAUAACUGGCCAAAUAUUUUUGAAUCCCCGCUACCGGAAGAUCCGUUGAAUUUUCAUAUGGAAACUUCGAAUAUGUAUUACUUUAACAACCAAAACGCACCGUGGCGAUAUUCCGGAAGAGCAUCUCAGGUUCAAGACCCAAUCAAACUGAAUUUUAUUCGAUCUGCUACCGAAAUUAGUGCCGCUCAAGCGGAUAGUAACGGCAUGGAUUCUGAGGUGAACCUUUCAGCGGAUAACCUGACGAUGGAUGCUGUAGCAAAACGAAGAACCAUUUCGCCUGCGGAGGACAGCAGUCGAAGCCAGAAUAGUAGUGAACAAGUCAAUCCUGCUUCUGUCGACCAAGAGGAGGCCUCAUUGGGCGAAGCCGAUGUUUCUGUUACUUUCGAUGGAAACCCUUCUCUAGUGACGUCGAAAACCAGUUAUGAAGAUAAGCGCCUAGCAAAUAACAUUACAUCCGCAAGAAAUAGCAGUCCACCAUCCGUUACUUCCAGUCAGUCAGAAUCAGAAUUGUUGGAACAACCCGGGACAAAUAUCAAUUGCGAGACAAAUGAUACAGACGAUGGAAGGCAUAAGAAGGCAAAUAAGUCAAAUACUUCCGGUCUGAUGGCAGAAUGGCAGUCGCAUGAAAACAUAUUACCAGGUUGUUGUGUCAGUAACAGGCCAAUAUAUGCUGUCGAAACUGGCUCCGCGCAAGCGGAUGCUAACAACAUGGAUUCUGAGGGGAACUCUUCAGGGGAUAACCAUCUGACGAUGGAUGCUGUGGGGUUGACCACAAAUCAGAGUAAAAAGGGAAAGAGUUCCAACAUGUAUGGUAGAAAAAGAAAAACCAUUUCACCUGCGAAGGACCGCAGUCGAAGGCGGAAUAGUCGUGAACAGGUCAAUCCUGCUUCUCUCGAUCAAGAGGAGCCUUCCUCGGGCGAACCCGAUGUUUCUGAUACGUCCGAUGAAAACGCUUCUCUAGUGAAGUCGAAAACCAGUUGUGAAGAUAAUCGUCCAGCAGAUGUUCACGAACCUAUCACCCAACUAAGUGAUAACAUGACAGCACCCGCAAUAAAUAGCAGUCCACCACCCGCUAGUCCCAGUCAGCCAAAACCAGUUUCUUAUGAACAAUCCAGAACAAAUACCAAUUGCGAGACAAAUCAUGCAAAUCGUGCAAAGCCUAAGAAGCCACCGUGCGGUCUGUCCUAUGAAAACAUACUACCAGAUCGCGUGAAGAGAAAUAGAAAACAAAUCUUGCAUAUACCCAAGGAGUUGAUAGCUCAAGGAUACGUUGUAGUAAAUAGUUGUACUGCGCCCGAGAUUCGUCCAGCAAACUGGCUGAAAAAGAAGACGGAUAAAUGCAAUAGUCGGAUAACCAAUGGCGGGCGAAAGUCCAAACAAGCUAGCACAAAUAGAAUCACUCAAAAUAUUCAACCACUUGAGGAAAUUAGAGAGAUGUCUGGGCAUGAAGAUAAUGAAGAACCAAACCAAAAUUGUUUAAGUGGCAGCUUUCGUGUACACACUGAAAGUGAACGCGUGCUUCCUUCAGUAGCAACGAAGAUUUUCAAUCCGCAAGACAGAGGGAUGGAUAUUAAUUCCUGUUCUGACAAUUUGACUUCUGUGCAGUCUAGGAAACGAUUAUGUUCUAAUACGGAUUCACUCAAUCAGCCAGGUUCGAGCAUGGAAUAUAAUAAUGAUGAGGUUUGUUCAGUGGCGCACAUUCCGAGUAAUAGCUUAUCCAAUGAUAUAACAUCGAAAGAUACUGCGGCUGUUUCGGGUAAAAACCGUAAAACUGGGACAGUUCAACGACGCAAUGCCAAAGAAGAUAUCUGUUUCCAUUACAAAUCUUCGUGGCCAAUGUUGUUUGUACCAAUUGGGGACGGUUGCUUGGUCUGUGCACCCUCCGUUAAUGUGACUACCAACAUCGUAAGUGUGGGACACAUGAAAGUUUUGCCCAAAAAAUGCAAGCCUGGUGCUAAAUCAAACCUUAAAACCAUUGUCUACACUGUGGAGUCGGGAUGUGGUUAUGUUGUAACAUCAGAAAUGAGGAGAAAAAUUCAACCAAAGUGUAUAUUUGAAAUAUCUAAAGGAGUAGGAUACACAAUUGUCAACACCAGUAGAAAGCAUGAUCUCUUCCUCUCCUACAUUCAAAUAAAUGCUAGUAAGUGAUGCAUCGUAUAUGCAAUAAAUAUUAUCGAACGCAUCAUUUAUUUAACAUUAAUACUAUUUAAUACUUAAGGUCAAUAGAAAAUAUAAUGAACUUUUAGAAUACAAAAGUUCGUUAUAUUUUGUCAAGUUUAUGUUCUGUUUUGUCGAUGUUUGAUAUCUGAUAUUGUAUAUAGUAAUGUAAAUUGAAAAUAUAUUAAAAUUUAUAGCA